UCCACUCCCAAUAAGAAAGUACCGCCAUUUUCCACGGCCCUCACGCCCUCACGGCCAACAGCCGCCUUAGAUCCUAGGAGUCUUCUCUUUCUCGCAAACGCUUUUCUUCUCUUGGUUGUGGUUCUGAUGGCGAAGGGUGACGAUGCAAUACAAAGAAAGAAGAACAAAUCAAAUCGGAAGAAACUCCACAAGGACUCAUCCUCCUCUGCUGUCUCUGCUCGUGUUGCCGCCAUUAUCGCCUCCAAGAAGCGUCGCAAAUCCGGAAAACGCCGCAUCUGCGAGGGAAUGUGUUUUAGCCUUCCUACUCCUGAGGAUCCAUUCAAUGAGAGACAUGAGAAAAAGGAUAGUAAAAGACAAAAAACAAAGAAGCUUGUGCCUUCACAGCAAGAUGGUGGACUUUCCUCCAAUGGGACCAAUACAGCUCUGAAGAAUGGAACUCUGGAUGGGAAUCAUGUAAAUGUAGAUCAUCAAGAACUGAAAAGGCAUGUCAAAAAUAUAAAGAAUGAGCAGAAAGAGGUUCGUCCAUCCAUUGAUAAUGUGGGAGGGAAAUCAGAAAAAGGUAAGAUUCCUCUGCCAGGGAAGGGUAGGAUUGUCCAUGGUCAACAACAACAGUCCUGUGAAAACUCAGAUUGUCCAUCAAAGUUUCUCAUUCUGUGCUUGAAGUCAAUCCAGAGUGCAUUGCAGCAGGAUGUUAUCUUCAAUUUCAAAGAAGACAAGCCUUUAUUUGUUAAUGAAUGGGGAGUUGAGUUCUGGAAGUGUUAUUCAUCCGGUAUUGAUAUAUUGGAGACAAGCGGAGCUUGUUCUACCUUGGAGCAAAUUGCUUGGAUGAUUUCUACUGCUGCUGAUACUAUUGCAAGAAAGGAGAAAGAAGGUCUAUUCCUCACUAGCCCCUUUCUUCUAUUCCUUGUACCAUCCCAAGAGAAAGCUGCCAAGGUCCGUGCAGUGUGCAAGCCUUUGAAGGCUCUGGGAAUACAUACAGUGAGUUUACAUCCUGGUGCCUCCUUGGAUCACCAGAUUCAUGGCCUAAAAAGUUGUGAGCCUGAAUUCCUUGUGGCCACACCUGAGAGACUUUUGGAGCUUAUUUCCUUGAAGGCCAUUGACAUAUCUGGUGUCUCCUUAUUGGUUGUUGAUGGACUGGACACUCUCUGUAAAGGAGGCUACCUUGAUAUGGUUAAAUCUAUUAGGCAGUCUUCUGGAAAUCCCCAUGCGGUUGUUUUCAGUGAACGCUCAAGCUGUACCUCUGUUCCAGGUGUAGAAGAUCUCCUUAGAGGAUCAUACUGUAGAUUACCUCUUAAAGGUUCAAUUAAUAAUCAAAGUGCUUGCAUUGCUCAGUCUAUACAUCUGUGAAGAAAAACUACUAAAGCAAAACAACUCAGCCGUUGGUGAUUGAUUCAGAGCACAUGCGCACCACCUAGAAUAGUUCGUGAUCUUGACUUCAAAUUGGCCAUAUCCAAUUCUCGCAGAGAUGGGCGGCUGCACUUUCAAUUGUUUGUUGCACCACUUGCAGGACCAUGGAUUGAUAUUGUGAAUGAGUGCAGGAAGCUCUAUCUGACUGAAGCCCCCGGGAUAUUUAUGACACUCCACAUCAUGGCUUUUGAGAUGCUGGAGUUACAAUUCUCUUUAAGAAUGUUGUAUCAUUCGCAUUUUUGCCUGAAAAUACAAUUAGAUCAAAUAUCAUGAACCCUUAUAUUUUGUUUUUCUGCAUCGUGACCCUUCCUAACGUCACUGACCGGGCUAAAUUUUGUUUACAAUUUUGGCAUUGUACGACUUCAGGAAUGUCUCCUGUAACACACAAUCUCAGCAUCCACAUGAAUGAUAGUGAGUAUUAGUGCAGUUGUGUAAUUUAUAAUGUUUUAAGAACCAAGAAUUGAAAAAGUUCAUGAUUCA